CACACACGCUACGGUGGGGGACGACGUUGCGAAUUGUUAUUGAAGUCAUGCCCCCGAAGGCGACUUCGGGAAGGCUGUCAGUUGCUAGUAAACGUUCGCAGCGUCCGUACCCGGGUGACCCGCGACGCCUUCACGACGCACCUAGCACAUUACAAACUACUAUACAUCGCGCCACCGGGUUUACAAACAAGUGCCAAGUUGUUAUUUUACUACUUCCUCUGUGAUUUUAGUUUAUUAUGGACAUUGUUAAAUAUUAUUAGACUUUUUCGAGUGACAAUAAGUUUUCGCUUCAGUACUAUGAAAGUUUCGAGCGAGUGACGCGGACAGUUAGUGGCCGGUGCAGUGGAGAGUUGUUGUCGGAGCCGGCUGAGCAGCGCGCGACUGUCCCGCGGGUGCCAGUGUUUACAGCCGCGCACGUGGCCGCGCCGUACGCCCGCGCGACGAAAUGCCGCCAAAAACUUUCUUCGGAAACAUUGCCGCUGUUUGAGUGAAGUCGCGAGGGGAACCGCGUCGACCGCGACCAUGACUUUAACCUGUAGCGCCUGAUUAAGCGUGGACUACAUGUACGUCAAAACGAGAAGUGCCGUUUUUUUAUUAUUUUUUUUUCGUUGGAGGAGACGGUGCUCUCCUUUGGAUUAAUGAUUUAAAUGGCUAACAGCAACGCAGUGUCGUCGACUUUAUCGUCGAGGGAUUAUCACUGUAAGAUUUGUGAUCUCUAUUUGGACACUGUCGAAUCAUUAGAGGUACAUUUACAAUAUCAUAAAGAGAAUUUAUAUGUGAAGUGGGGUACGCAGAAUGUACAGAAUGAUACUGAUAACAAUAACGGAGUUAAAGUGAAGAUCGAAACAACAGUGUCGGCUCCAGCCGACUCAAGUGACAAUAUGAUCACCAAGCCCAGCCCAGAGUUCCAGCAGCGGGCUACGCCAGAGACCUCGGCGCAGUUCCCUCACCCAGCAACCCCGCAGAGCUACCACAGUGCACCUUCGCCAUAUCAGAAUCCAGAUCAGACCAACUUCUCACCUGGAGCACAAUUCGGUAACAACUAUUCUCACUCUGGCUUCCCUCAAAAUCAACAUUCCGAACAGAUUAACUGGGACCAGUCCCAAUACAACCAAGAGUAUCACAAACCGAACCGGUUCCAUCCGUACAAUAUGCAGGAACGAGUGUCGCAAGUAUCAUCUUCCAGUCCACUUUACGGUCAGCCUCUCAAUCAGCCGACGCCUUCGCCAUCACCGAACCAGUGCGACAAAUGUGGCUUUGUCUGUGACUCCGCCGUCCAACUCAAUGAGCAUUGCAACUCUGCUCACGCAGGGGUUAGUGCACCGCCUACUGCAUCAUCUAUGCCAUUUCAACAAUACCCAGGCAAGCAAUACAACAACUCGGGUUAUCAGAACGAAAGUGCAAAGGUUAAGGAGGAACAUGAAGAAUCUUCUGACAUUUUAGAUUUAGAUUCCCAAAAAGUUGUGUAUCAAGGCAACGAAGGCGAACAACCGACCGGAACUUUCGAAGAUGCACCAACUCAAGGUCGAGAAGUUAAUACACGUACUGUUCCGAUGAUGCCUUGGGAGACGCAAAAAUUAUAUAGUAAUCCACAGCUCAACGGAGACGUAUCUCUAUUUAAAGAACAAAAAAUGUUUGCUGAGCAAAAGCCGUAUCAGUCGGAAACAAAAAUGUUUCACCCCGAGCAAAAGUUUGCUUACACACAGGAUAAAUUUCUCGGCGUACAUCACGAUCAAAAACCCUUUAUGCACGUUGAACAGAAGAUAUACCCGGGCGUUCAAAUGCCUCCUCUAACAGACUACUCAGGCCCAGUAGCGUCAUCAAAUCCAGAUAUGAAACCGCCAUAUCGGCCCUACGAUUCACCAGCAGCGCCACAAAUCACAAGUACACAACCUGCGAAUCCCACAUCUUCAACGCUUCCAACAAUUGGAGGCAAAGGCGCAAAUUGGAAAUCGAACGAAGCGCGCCGUCCUAAGACGUAUAAUUGCACCGCUUGCAAUAAAUGGUUCACUAGCUCUGGUCAUUUAAAAAGGCAUUACAAUACGACUUUGCACAAGAAUGCGGUGAGGUCUUCGGGUCAGCCUGACCCAGCGACUUUGCCCAUAUCCAACCAUCAUCACCCGAGCCGCGAGAUGUCGCGUGCGCAACAGCAGUCCGCCGACUCCAACACGCAGAGCCCCGUCCCUUCUGAGGACGGCCGAAGCGUGGACGACGCAGCCCUGCAGUCGCCUUACGCCUCGCAGAACUUCGACCGGUCACAUCGGGUUGCCGCCAUGCAGUCCAAGUCACCGUACUCGCAUCUUCAACAGGGUAACUUAGAUAAUAAUUUCAGUAAUAAUCCUCUAGUAAAUCACCCUUUACAGCAUCAGGUCGGUUCGCAUCCUCUCAAUAUAGGUAGUCAACCGCCGGGUAUAGGGAAUCCCAAUGAUAGUAGUCAUCAGUCAUCGAAAGGUGUAGCAAUAUCAUCGGCAGGGAAUCCCCCAAACGGGGAAGCAGGUCCCUCUGUUUCGCAAAAUCACCAUAUGAGGGGCCUGCUAUCAGUGUCAACCAGCAAUAUUUCAACUCCGGUACUAACACAGAGUACACCGGCACUUACGGCGCACACUCUGACUCCGUUCAGUCAUUUGGGUGUCAACCCGUACAGCCCGAGGUCUACGGAUCCUUUGGGGCCUUCGGUUCCGGACCCCACGCACACCCCUUUAUAUUUGGGUCAGAAUUUUCAGCAGACUAUAGCACCGAGCUACCCAAACGGGAUGGCCCCCCACGUUAUGGAUAUGGCUAUCAACAAUCUGCCUACAGCCAAUCCGGCUACUUUUGGUGAAUCAGCACCAGAAGAAGUCGUUGUUAUGGAACAAGAAACGUCAAGUGAGCCGGCCGGCGGCCGCCUGCCGAGCUUCUCGCAGCUCCAGACGCAGAGCUUCAGCAUUUACGUUUCUAACUAUAUCACACAGCCUAACGUGGGGGGUCAAGUUAUCACUGACGAGUCGACUGCUGGUUAUAUUAUCGUCGACCCGGUUCACUCUAAUUUAUCUUAUGGCAAUCCUGAACUUACAGGACAUGCUAUAGAUUACGAUUCUUCGAUGAUCGAAUACGAUCCAGAACAAUCGAAAGUUUAUCCAUACGGCUAUGCCGUAGAAGGAAAAACUAUAAAACGUGAAAUAGACUUGUUACAAACAGAUUCGAGCGAACUUCAGAUACUGAAGAUAGAAGACAUUAUGGAUUACGCGAAUAAGGAAAAUUAUGGGAAUCAGCUGAAGUCCCCGGCUAGCCCGGAGAGCGCAAAAGCUGAAAACGAGAAUCGCGGAUCGCCUGGGGUGUCGUCCACCGUGCCGAGCACGCCGCUCGCCGAGAGAAACCAAAUGAAAAAGACGGCCGCGAACACAAUACACAAAUGUUACGAGUGUGAUAAACUAUUCAAUAAGGGUUGUUACCUCACGCAGCAUAACAAAACUUUCCACUCUGGCGUUAAACCUUAUAAAUGUCAACGUUGUGGGAAACGUUUCUCAGACGAUACCUCAUACGAAUGGCACUACACUAAGCACUCCGAUAACAAGCCGUUCAAAUGUAAUGAGUGUCCGAAGUCAUUCAAUCACAAGUCAGACCUUCGGCGACACAUGUGCUUGCACUCUGACUGCAAACCCUUUACUUGCGACCAUUGUGGCAAGGGUUUUAUAAGGAAGGAUCACAUGGUGAAGCACUUCGGCACUCAUAAGAAAAAGUCGAUCGGUCGGUCGUCGACGUCUCCCACAAACGCGGUAUCCUCGACGUCGGUUUCGCCCAAUAAUAAUAAUAAUUCGCGUCUGCUCAACAUCAAUGUCGCUUACAACUGAACGGCAUGAAAGAAAUAGUCGCAAUCACAUAUCACCUCAUUCUAGCUGAAAAAUCGUGAUUUCUUUGACUUAGGCCGCGCCGUGAAUUAGAACCUGAUGCACCGCCGGGUACAUACGCACGUACAUAGGCCGCGAUAUAUCGCUAUGUAGGGCGGCCGCACGGCCGCGGCGCGACUCCAGCGCACGCGUUCAGUCCGCAGUUCGUUUUUUGUUGUUCAUUCAAGCUAACCUUGCGAUCGGCCAGCACAAAGUGACUUUACAUGCCUGGCUGUCUGGGCGCUAAACAUAUAAUUACAUGACGUUAGAAUAAUUCUACAAUAUCAUUUAGAUCGAACCAUAUCAUUUUUACAUAUUGAAUACGGAAAGAAUCGUAGAAGUAAUUAGAUAAAGUCAAGAUCGUCGUUUUAUUUUGGAAAUAUCAGACGCGACGUACGUCACAUAUCUUAUUUUAUUGUAAAGUAUUAUAACUAUCUAUAAGAUUUAUUUUACUUUAGUUAAAAUUCUAUGUUUUCUUUAUGGUUGUUGAAGUUUACGAACGAUAGGUACGUAUAAUUGAAAGUGUUUAGAGUAUUUUUUGUAAAUAUUGGGACACGAUUGCCAGACGUUUAUUUUAAGUAGGAACUGGAAAAAGUAAAUCGUACACCGGAGAUAAGUGUUAUGCUUUAAUUAUAUGAUGGGUACAAAUUGAUAGUUUCAAACGGUUUAGAGGAAUAUUGCCAAAAUAUAGGUUUAAUGGCAAACUUUGUAAUGAUGAUAGGUCGAGUACUCGAGUAGUGUCAGCGCAGGGCGCGGCGAGUGUGUCGCCCGCGACCCGCGGCGCGGCGCAGGCGACACGAGCCCCGCGCCUGCCGCUAGUUAGCGUUUUUGUUCUAGAUGUAAAAUCUUCUAUUGAUUAUAAUAUUAUUACAUGUAUUGAUAUUUUCCCGGUGCUUCCUAUUAUUAUUUUGUCUGUUAACAUUUGUUUUAAUAUUGUAAGCUAGUUGACUUCUUUGUUUAAAAUUCUGAUUUUUCCUAAAAGAUUAAUAAUUUAUGUCCAAUUUAGUUACCAAUGCGUUAUCUGAACGAAUUUAGUUAUACAUUCCUGUUUCGUUAGUGGUAGGAAAGUAGUCUUCCUAAACGUUGCCAAAUUGAUUCCGCAAACUGUCUGUUGCGAAACGAUUUAAUUUUUAAUUUUUAGCCUAAUGAUAAAGAAAUUCUCUAGCAAUAAUUUAUCGUAAUAAUGUAAAUGUUUUUUGUAUAGUAUUAAAAUAAAAUGGUCACGAUUUAUUGAUUUAUGUACUGAACAAGUUGUAAGGGAAUCAUGACUAUUAUUUGUAUAUAGAAUUGUGAAACGGUAAUAUCACUUAACAAAGGACAUAUCAAGGCCGCGGCGCGCGUGGCCGGCGUGUCAGUAUACUCGGCCUGCUCCUCCAUGUCGCGUGGAGUCUGCCCCAGCUCCCGGCUCCAGCCAGCACGGCACAGUACAUAGCGCACACGCACCACGGUACAUUGACACGUCGCCCGCGCCGCCUCCAUAUCAUCGGUCGAUACAACUAUCUAACACCGACUAUGUAUUUGUUUAUCUCGGAAUGAAAAUGUGCAAUAUGAACAUUAUAUCGACUUAAUUUUUGAUAAUGUUUGUAUUUGAAUGUUAAUUAUAUUGCAGAAAUAUUUUUAUACACAUAGAAUUACACUAGCAACGUUGAUCUACCUCAUCAGCGCAUAACGAUACAUAUAUAUAUAUAUAUAUGGAAAUGUUGAAAAUCCGAGACCAUAAUGUACAAGCAAAGGAUAUUGUUUAGCGCAUCCCAGUGACCAAUAACUGAGAAACUCUCGGACCGAUAUGGCCUACCUCUUAAGAAUUAGUUUAACUAUUAUGGAAUGUAAGACUAGUGCGAGUGCAGUUGCAUCCACAAUGAAUCAACUGUCGCCUGAGUUUGUUCGCAUACUUUACAGGCUUUUUAUAUCGCACGAUAGCAAUAUUUACAAUAUUUCUGAAAAGUAUAUACUAUACAUAUAUAAUAUAUAUAUGAACUGUUUGUGAAAAUACAUAAAGUGUUAUAUUGUUGAAAAUAUUGUAUAACAGUUUUUUUCCUAUAGCAAUAAUAAUGUGUGAAACAAUAUACGAAACUUAACUACCUCAAGUAACGUGUAAUAGGGUUAGAGUGACGCGAGGGCAGCUGCGCGGGCGCCGGCUGGACAACUAUAUACCUCAUCUUGCCUUCCAUGUUACGUUUAGAGAGUAAUACGUUAUACCGCACGGCCGGCCGCGGCCCCGCGCCGCCCGCCCUCGCUAUAUAUAAAUAUAUAUUUUAGAAGACAUGUAUGUCUCCCCUCAUACUGUUUAAAGCACACACUAGUAGCAUCAAUUAGCUAUUAACUUAUGUAAAUAUAUAAUAACGAUAAAUUUGUUAUUUAUCAUAUUCUAUUAUCGUACUCAUCGAUAGACUUAUUUUUAAAUAAGUUUAACGUAGCGAUUUCAAGUUUAUAACAUUAGCGGUAAGGACGGUAAACUGUAAGAUUUUUGUGAUGAAUAUUUGUGUAUAAUGUAUUAAUUUAAUAAUCAGUUACCAGAUGAUUUCUGUUACAUUGAGUUGAGUAAAAUCGGAAGAGUUAAAUACGACAAGAUGUUGUUUUCUUUAUAUCUUGUACCCUCGUGAUGUUUCUGUGUCCGCGGUGACAGAUAUUGCAUGCAUUUCGUUUCAUAAUCGAAAUUUGUUAGCGUAGCGACAAAAUUAAAGAUCAGUAGGCGACGUUCGGAUGGAAGCGACCACAGCACUGUUACCAGUGAACACUUUCGUUAUCUUGAAGUAUUCUUCAGAGUUUCCAACCGAGUGUUGUCUCCUAUAGAGAUAAGUCUUGAUUAUAGAUAUAUCUAGUGUAAGGCGACAGAUCUGUCACUCCGCUACGGCGAAGGCUCUGCUCUGCGUUGGUUCGCUCACGCCUGACGACCGCGCUGUUGUCACUCGCGCGCACCAUGCGCCAUCAGAUCUCACUGUUACUCCAUGAGACAUCGCCUCCCAGGCGUGAGUGAGCCACACAAACUUCUCUAAUGCGAACUUUUUGUAUGUAAACAGCAAAGCGAUUUUGAUGUAUUUUUUGUAUUUUGUGAUUUCCCAGAAAUUGGACGGGAACUAUUAGGUAAUGUUAUUUUGUUAAGCUGGUAAGGUUGCAUUAUGUCUCCGAAGUCGCUGUAGCAGUAGUGUUUGUUUCAGAUCUGUGAGUUAAUAUAAAUUUAAUGUGAAAAAAUA